AUGUUGCGCAUUAAUGUAGAUGAUUUUGCCACCGCAGCGCCUUUUUACACCAUACCUGCAGACAACCCGUUUAUAACCGAUCCGUCUGUAGCCGACGAGAUCUGGAAUAUUGGUUUGCGUAAUCCUUUCCGCUGGAGCUUCGACCGGUUGAAUGGUGAUAUGUGGAUAGCAGAUGUGGGACAAGAUGCCUGGGAGGAGGUGAACCAGGCUACACUGGCAGCCAGCUCCGGACUUAACUAUGGCUGGCGUUGCCGGGAAGGAGCCCACCCGAAUGUGACCGCUGGUUGUGCCCCCUCCGGCUAUACUGAUCCUGUUUUUGAGUAUGCCCAUAACGUCGGGACUUCCAUUACCGGCGGUUAUGUUUACAGAGGUAAUGGGUUUGUGGUCACUCCCGGUGGCACACCUCCGUUUAGCGCCGUGAUGCAGGCCGGUUUGCCCGCAAAUAUCACGGGGUUUGGAGAAGAUGCAACCGGUGAGCUGUAUGCGGUAUCCAUUGGCGGCACCUUGUACCAGGUAACCGCACCAAUCAUUCCGUUGCCGGUGGAGCUGAUCAGCUUCGGACAUAUAAAAGGCAGCGACUGCCAUUCAUUGCAGUGGAAGGCUAUUGAGAAAGACAUUCGCGAUUAUGAAGUGGAACGAAGCACGGAUGGAAAAAAUUUUUCCACCAUUGGCCGCCAGGCCGCACUCAAUAAAUCCGGUGAACAUGCUUACCUUUUCCCGCUAUGCGAUCAGCCGGUGCAGGAUGGCUAUUACCGCCUGCGUAUCAGUGGUAUGGAUGGUCAGUAUCAGUGCCAUAUUCGCGCCCCAGGAAAUUAA